UAGGGAGGUUUUUGGCCUUUGGUGGGAGCCCCGGCCCCAAACCAAAACCAGGAAAACCACGCUACACCAGCACUUUUCGCCGUCGCUGCGUCCUGCCUACCAGUGACUCGCAAGGUUCGUCUCCAUCGACAAUGUGUGGCGGAGCCAUCAUCGCCGACUUCGUCCCCGCCGGCGGCCGUCGCCAGGCAACCGACGACACCAUCUCCGCCUCCUCCCUCCUCUCCGGCGAGGACCAGCAUCUGGAGGAGCUCGGCAGCAGGGUGCCGGCGCCGGGGCGCAAGACGGCGUACCGCGGGAUCCGGCGCCGUCCCUGGGGCCGGUGGGCGGCGGAGAUCCGCGACCCGCGGAAGGGCGCGCGCGUCUGGCUCGGCACCUACGCCACCCCGGAGGACGCCGCGCGCGCCUACGACGCCGCGGCGCGCGAGAUCCGCGGGGCCAAGGCCAAGCUCAACUUCCCGCCCGCCGUCGGCGCUGGCGCCGGCGCCGGCGCGCGCGAGCCGGCGGCCAAGAGGCGCCGGACGUCGUCGUCCGCGGCGGCCGAGGAGAGCUCGGGCUCGUCUCCGGCAGCGACGACGACCGUCGUGGCGGGCGUCGGAGGCGGCGGAGGAGGAGAGGAGACGCUGCGUGACUGCAUGUCCGGGCUGGAGGCCUUCCUGGGGCUGCAGGAGGAAGCGGCCGACGAGGGUGGCGACGCCGAGGCGUGGGACGCCGUCGACCUCAUGUUCGCGUAGCUAGGCAGGCCGUCGUCGUACUAGUACUAGGGGCGCUCAGGCUCAGCGCGCGCGUGCCGUCGCUGUGAACGGCCGCAGCUGCAGCCUGCAGGCCGCCUGCACCUGCUGUUUUGGAUCCAGUAAUAUUUUAUUAUAAUGUUUCUUCAAGCGGUUAAGCUAAUUUCGAGCCUUGCUGCUGGGUGGUGUUAAGCUAUUACUACUAGUCCUGAUGAUAUGCAUGUAGUAGCAGGAUAGGUUUAUUUAUCUGGCUUGUUGAUAAAAAAAAAUUAAACCAGAGUGAUUAUAGGA